GCUAUGAGGCGGUCCGAAGGAGUCUGGAGUCAAAUUCCUGAACACGUAGGAGCUCCAACACGACGCAUGACGCAAGGGCGCAGCACCCAACGGAUUACUGAUCAACUGAUCGAUGUGCCGACUGACAGACAGCUCUGCUUCGGCUCUUUGCUUCUGCCAGUGCGCAUCACCGCUGGAUGUCUUUCCCACACUUUUCCCACAAGAAACAACUUGACGCGAAGGGACCAUCUUCUUUCUCCGGACCGUCAAUUUAGGCGCAGCCGGACCCGCUUGUUUCCUGCAAGGGAGAGAUGUUAGAAUCUGAUGUACCAUAAAUAUUUGCGUCAGGAAAUGUUUAUUAUGGGCAAAAGAGCGCGCUCGGAAGCCGUUUUCACCCGUCACUCCAGUGUGCAGGAAAAAAAAGAGCAGCCUGGGUUCACUUUUCCACAACGGAAAUGAGAUCAGUCCCUCUGCCUGGCUCCACUUCUUCUAAAACAUGGUCGAUGUAACUCCACACAGUCUUGUGCCGGGAUCUGAUUUUCUUUGACUUCUGAACUCAAACACUUUUUAAUUAAUGGAAAAAUGUUCGCUGGACUGAUGGGACUGGACUGUCACAGCAACUCUCUGCUUCACCGCUGCGAAGCCAUUGAAGGUGGCAGAGCAUCAGGGACAUCUGGCAGCUCCGGUCGUAAGAGGCUCCACCGAAGACCAGGGUACAUGAGGGGAGAGCAGUCCAGACUGCAGAGUGCAACUCAGGAAGAGGAGGAUGAGGAGGAGGAGGACAGGACAACCACUUUUAUUACGAAUGGAAAAUCAGGACACCGCAUUGACAUAACUGAUGCAACCAGUGCUCAAAGGCCAAGUUCAGCUCCUGCAGUCAGUCUGUCUUUAAUAAAUCAGCAACAGGCUGAUAAAUACACGUGUGGCUCCUGCAAGACUAAGAGCUUUGUCUGCUCUGUUACCCACCCUCCUUACCCUGUGGACUGCAUUUCUAAGAGUACAUCCAGCCAUCUGGGUCAGACCUCAGUGCCCCAGAAUGAACUCAGGUUAAGUUCAAGGGUGGCCCCUCAGUCGGAGCCAGAGGACUCUUUUAACUCCAGCUUCAGUUUCAUCCAACAGUCACUCACCCCCGGCCAGAAAACAGGCACAAUCACCACACCCACACAGGAACAACAACUAAAUCCAUCAACAAAAGCAUCUAAUCUGCCUCAAACAAAACCCGAAACCUUAUUUGUUGAGCACAGUUUCUCAAAGCAGCCAUCUCCUGCUCAAACACUACCGGCCGAGGAGCUCUCUUCAGAUGGGAAGUUUUGGCGGGAAUGUCUGUUUGCCGACAAGGAGGAAACAUCCCACCUGCCUGACUCCGAGUCCCAGUCUGUCGAUAUAGAAGUCACUUCCUCGCUCUCUGUGGACUGGGACACUGCCUCCGCCUCCUCUGUCACCUCUGGCUACGAGAGCGCCACACCCGCCUCGGAGCAAGGCUGGGACAACCUGCUGAAGAAGUACGAGGGCGUGCUGCAAGACUGCCUCCAAAACAACCCCACUCACACCAAGAUUGAGUCCAUGAUGUUGAAGCUGCAGAGGCUCCAGCAGAAAGCUAUUCUGGAUGACGACUACGACGCAGCUGAGCGUUUUGGGAAAAAGUUAGAGGAGCUGUCCAGAGAACGGAGCACUCUCGAGCUGGGUUUACCCUCCCAACAGCCCAGUGUGGCUCUGUUCCUUGAGAGGCUCAGACAGGCGGUGCACGGCGCCCUCCAGAGGGGAGACUGCGGUCAGCACGGGGACUGCUCAGAGCCUGAUGCCGGGGAGAGAGCCGACUCAUCACAGGGGCCACUUCAACGAAGAGAACGUCUGAUACAAGAGAGGCGGCUCGUUGAGGAGGAGAUCGCAGAGCUGCAGCAGAGGCUGAUGGAGCUGAAGGAUCGCAGUCGGUGUCUGGAGCAGCAGAUCCAGCAGGAAGAGCAGCAGGUGGAGGCCGAGGAGCUGGAGGGCUCCGUGUUGAGGAGCUGCAGCAUGGCUCAGCUUGGCGACAUGAGCCGAACCCUCCAGGACCUCGUCACUUCGGAAAACCGCACACGGAUCUCUGUCUCUCGUCCACCCUCCAUGCUCAGACUCCAGGAACAGGAGCAGGCAAUAAAUCUGUCCAUUAAGGAAGCCACUGCUAAGGUGGUCAUGAGUCAGAGACUGGGCAGCAGCUUAAGGAGGAAAGUCAGUGAGACUGAAACACAGCUCUUGGCACUGCAUGAAGCCAAACUGGCAGCCAUCUCAGGUAAUGACUUCAGCAGUGCCAAGGAAUUGAAAGCUGAGAUGAAGGCGGUGUACCUGGAGCGGGACCGGCUUGAGGCUCUGGCCAAGAGGCUGCAUAGCCUGAGCUCAGGGAGCAGCCAGGAGCUAGCCAGGAUGAAGGAGCAGCGGCAGCAACUCAGACAGGAGCUCGAGCAGAGGGAGGCCCAGCAUGAAAGCCGCCUGAAAGAGAACACCACCAAGUACAUUGAGCUACUGGAGGACAGAUUGCACAGUUGUGGAUGUCCAGGCUUGGAGCGGAUCUGGGAAGCCGACCUGGAAGCGUGCCACCUUUUCUUGCGAGGUCUCCAGUUGCGGACUCUCAGCUGCAGUGGAGCAGACACUGAAGAUCUCCCCGCUGCAGCAGUUUAUCCUCCAACCCAGCCGGGCACCAAAGAAGAAGAGGACUGCGCCAUGCUGACUGCUUUAGGGGGGCGCUGGUGUCCUGAGGCCAACUUACAGAACUCAGAGUUCACUAAGAAGCUGGAGGAGUUUUUGUUCUGCAUGGAGGAUAAUCACCCAGAGGAUGGGUGCAGCGACACUGAGGCUACUGAACUGACAGAGCGCUGCGAGCUGAUCAGCGACAGGCUAAUGACCUUAGAAGAAGAGUUGCAGAUGGCCAUACUGAACCGGGAUCAGGCCCUCACCCAGUCUUUGGAAAAGGAGGUUCAGGAAGUAAAAGCCACUUUACAAACCAUGCUUGCACAGCUCAAGGUGGAAGAAGAGGACGAGGAGGACGAGGAGGAAGUGAAUGAGUUGGAUGACCUCAUGAAAAAUGGGAUUGAAGAAGAAGAAGAAGAAGAAGAAGAGGAAGAGGAGGAGGAGGACCAGUACUUCAGUGACAGCUGGGACAUUUGAAAUAGAUGUCUGUGGUGUUUUAUGAGCACUUGCACACAGAAUGGCUUUUGCAGUAGUGACCCCCAUAUCCAUUUACUGUGAAACCUCACUCGAAGCACUCAACAAGCAGCCUCUGUGGUACUGCUGAAAGUUUCCAUCAUCAAGUCUGUGUAACUUUUCAUCUACCUAAAAAUGAAGAAAUAUGAUAUAAAUGCAACAUAAAGGACACUUUCUCCCUUAAAGAUAAUGCCUUUGGCAACUAGUCCACGUGGUGAUAUUUGGAUACAGUUUUUGAUGAAGGUGAAAUGUAUUUUUUACAGUUUAAACAUCACCAGUUUUGUUACAGUGCCACUUACUGUAUAACCAAGAAUCUUUUUAAAGAUUUAAAGUCUGUGGCUGCAAAUCAAGGUUAAAGAGUUUUGACCAGAAACUAAGCGGACAAUCAGAAAACUUUAUUUUUACUGCUAAGAGUUUUGCACAUUAAAUAACAUGUAUGCUUAUUAUUGUUAUUAUUAUUUUGUUCUUGUGAGUUUUCUGUACGACUGGACUUACAUGUAAUCGUGUCCAUGAAGUAACUCAUUUGUGGUGCUACAAAAUGUGAGCUAACUUGAACACUUUAUUUUCUUGUGGGUGGAAAAUGCAAUAUUUUGAUUUUUUUCCUUUGUUCUCGUUGCGUACGUUAGAUUUGUGAAAUUCUUCUGACAUAACGGACAAAUUGUGUGUGCGUAGGAAUUAUUGAGAGAUAAAACAUCAGUGUGCACGUAAAAGUAUUAGAAACUGCUGUUUGCGUUGUUUUUUCACUGUCUGCCACUGAUUGUGUUUUUUCUGAUUCAUAUUUGUUCUUUCACCUAUUAUUCAGUCUGUUUUUUAAAUUUACUAAGCAGCUGUACCAUAUUUUAUAUUUAUUCCUUCCAGUUUCUCACUAAUUACAGCAUGUACCA